UGUACUGACGGCCGACGGGACCGGCGGACUAGACAAAUGUAAAUCUGUUGUUGUUGUCACAUGUUUUCAAGAGUAGCGUGCUAGUGUGGUAAUCGUUUGCCCUCGUGCUUUUUGUUUGUGGGUUGUUUGGAGUGUUAAAUAACUUUAUUAUUUGUAUUUUGAAAGAAAUCAGUUUAAAAAUACAAUAUGGGGCGUAAAAUAGAAGACAGUAUGGAAGUCGAACCAACAGGCGAUGAAAAUGCAGAACAAGGACGAGAGUUAAAAUACGAAGAUAAAUUAAAAUUUGUCAGUGCUAUAGCUCAACCAAUGGCCCCAAAGAAACUCAACAAAAAACUCAUGAAAUUAAUAAGGAAAGCAAAGGAAGAGAAAGCAUAUGUUCGCUUUGGCUUGAAAGAUGUUCAGAGUCGAAUACGGAAGGGAGAAAACAGGGGAUUGGUUGUGUUUGCGGGAGAUGUGACGCCAGUGGAUGUGAUGUGUCACAUGCCAGGAGUGUGUGAGGAGAAGGAGAUCCCAUACUGCUAUAUACCUUCCAAACAUGACUUAGCACUUGCGGUGGGUUUCUCCAACAGCUGCCUUAUGGCUCUGGUCAAAGAGCACCCCAGCUAUAAGGAGCUCUACGACGAAUGUUUCCAAGAGGUCAAGAAACUGGGACAUAUUAUGUAGUUCUAUCAUAUAAUUAUAUUUUUUUAAGUAAAUUUAUUUUUACGCUUAAAAAA